AUGGAUCAAACCCACAACCUAGCUGUGAUCCGUACUGGUGGUGGGAAUUACAGGACGGACUCAGGGAAACCAGGAAACCUAGGAAUGGACUUGGUGGCCUUUGAGGAGAUGGCUGUGACCUUCACCCUGGAGGAGUGGGCUUUACUGGAUCCUUCACAGAAGAAACUCUACAGAGAUGUGAUGAGGGAAACCUUCAGGAAGCUGACCUCAGUAGGGGAAAAUCUUGACGUCAAAGAUCAGUACAAAAACCAAGGGAGAAAACUAAGAAGUCAUAGGAUAGACAAAAUCUGUGAAAGAGAUGAGGGCAGUCAACGUGGAGAAAACCUCAGCCUUAUUCCAAAUCCCAGUCUGAACAAGAAGACUCUUUCUGGAGUACAGCCAUGGGAUAGUGUGAGUGGGAGAGUCUGCAUGCAGCGGUCGUCUCAUAAUUGGCACAUCAGAUGUCAUAAUGGACACAAGUCCUGUGAGUAUCUGACCUGUGAAGAUAAGCCAUAUAAAUGUAAGGUAUGUGGGAAAGCCUCUGGUUAUUCAACUUCACUUCAAAUAUGUGAAGGAACUCACACUGGACAGAAACCCUAUCAUUGUAAACAAUGUGGAAAAGCCUCAUUUAUUUCUCCCCAUUUAUUUAAAAUACAUAAAAGGAGUUACACUGGAGAGAAGCCCUAUGAAUGUAAGCAAUGUCGUAAAACCUUCGGAUCUUGCAUUUCCUUCCGAAAGCACAAAAGAAGUCAUACUGGAGAAAAGCCCUAUAUAUGUAGGGAGUGUGGAAAGGGCUUGAGUUCUUCAUAUUCACUUCGAAUACAUGAAACCAUCCACACUGGAGAGAAAACCUAUCAAUGUAAACAAGGUUCUAAAGCCUUCCAAUAUUAUCAGACAUUUCAGAGACAUGAGAGGACUCACAGAGGAGUGAAACCGUAUAAAUGUAAAAAAUGUGGUAAAGCCUUUAGAUAUCAUAAAACCUUUAAAACACAUGAAAGGACUCACAUGGGAGAGAAACCCUACGGAUGUAAAAAAUGUAGCAAAGACUUCAGUUUUGUCCAUUCUCUUCAAAGACAUGAAAGAACUCAUACUGGGGAAAAACCCUACAAAUGUAAGGAAUGUGGGAAGGCCUUUAGUGCUCUCUCCAGCCUUCAUGGACACAUGAUCAUUCACACUGGAGAAGGACCUUAUAAAUGUAAGGAAUGUGAGAGAGCAUUUAUUUCUUCCAGUUCAUUUAGAAUACAUGAAAGGACUCACACUGGAGAGAAACUGUAUGAAUGUAAGGAAUGUGGGAAAGCCUUUAGUUAUUACUCUUCCUUUCAAUUACGUGAAAGAACGCAUACUGGAGAGAAACCCUAUGAAUGUAAACAAUGUGGUAAAGUCUGCAGACAUCAGAGUUCUUUACAAACACACAAAAGAACUCAUUCUCAAAAUCAACUGUAUGAAUGUAAGGAAUGUGGAAAAGCCUUCAGAUGGUAUCCUAGUUUUCGUAAGCAUGAAAGAAAUCACACUGGAGAGACACACUAUGAAUGUAAAAAAUGUACUAAAGCAGUUAGGUAUCCCAGUCAUCUUAGAAAAUAUGAAAGAAUUCACACUGGAGAGAAAACUUAUAAAUGUAAGGAAAGUGGAAAAGCCUUCAAAAACCAAAGUUACUUACAAAUACAUGAAAGAACUCACAGUAGAGAGAAACCCUAUGAAUGUAAAAAAAUGUACUAAAGCAUUAAGUGUGGGAAAGCCUGGAGAGUCCAAAGUUCCUUACAAACACACGAAAGAACUCACACUGGAGAGAAACCGUAUGAAUGUAAAACAUGCGUUGAAGCAUUCAGGUGUUCCAGUUCUCUUCGAAUACAUGAAAGAUUCACAAUUCACCGUGGAGAGAAACCUUAUGAGUGUAAACAAUGUGGUAAAGCCUACACAUAUCACAGUUCUUUACAAACACACAAAAGAACUCAUUCUCAAGAUCAACCCUAUGAAUGUAAGCAAUGUACUAAAGCAUUCAUUUGUCACAGUUAUCUUCAAAGACAUGAAAGAACUCAACAUGAAGGGAACCCCAAAAAGGUAAAGAAUAUAGUAUAG